AGGGAGACGUGGCCGCUGGGGGGGGGGCGGAGAGCGGAGCGAGAAAUCGCGUUGUGCCGAGCGGGCGGCGCUGUGCCAACAGAGGCCUGUUUUUCCCGCGUUGCACGGGGCGGACUCUACCCUCCGGCCCUCCAGCUGCACCCGCACGCUCCCAGGACCUUCCCGAGACAUGGCCAAGAGCGGGGCCCGCCUGCGGGACAAGAUGGAUGGCAACGAGCUGGACCUGAGCCUCGCCGACCUCAACGAGGUGCCCGUCAAGGAGCUGGCCGCCCUCCCGAAGGCUACCAUCUUGGACCUGUCCUGCAACAAGCUCACUUCCUUGCCGUCGGAGUUCUGUGGCCUGACGCACCUGGUGAAGCUGGACUUAAGUAAGAACAAGCUCCAGCAGCUGCCUUUGGACUUCGGCCGCCUGGUCAACCUCCAGCACCUGGACCUCCUCAGCAACAAGCUGGUCACGCUCCCCGUCAGCUUUGCUCAGCUCAAGAGCCUCAAGUGGCUGGACCUGAAGGACAACCCCCUGGAUCCCGUGCUGGCUAAAGUGGCUGGGGACUGCUUGGACGAGAAGCAGUGCAAGCAGAGCGCCGUCCGGGUGCUGCAGCACAUGAAGGCGGUACAGGCCGACCAGGACCAGGAGAAGCAGCGCCGGCUGCAAGCGGAGCGAGAGAACGAGAAGAAGCGGGAGGCCCGGCAGCGAGCUCGGGAGGCUCAGGAGCGGGAGCGGCGCAAGAAGGAGAAGGUGGAAGAGAAGGAGCGGCGGAGGCGGGAGUAUGACGCCAUGAAAGCCACCAAGCGGGAGCCCGAGAAGAAAGUCAAGAAGGAGCCCAGCGAGCCCCGACCAAAGCCCGCGCCCACCCCGCGCCCACCCCGGCCUCCUCCCCCGCGGCCGUCCUGGCCCUGGGCCCUCCUGAAGGUCCUGCUGCUGGUGCUGCUGGGCGCCGCCGCGGCGCUGGCCCUGUGCCGGGGGACGGACCUUCAGCGUCAACCCCUCUGCGUCAGCGUGAGCGCCGUCUUUGAGGAUGCCCUCCACGGCCUGCGCAGCCACGGCGUCCUGCAGCGGGUCCUGCAGCCCGGCGGCUCGCAGCAGUGACUAGGUCCCCGGCGCGGGCCACCGGCCUCGGGGGGGCCGGGACUCCUGGCCAUCGGCUCUGGGGACGGCUCCCCCACCCCCCCGAGACCCUCACGGCGGCAGCCUGCCGGGUCCCGGCCGGCUCAAGGGGCCGACCCUAGUCCCGAGAGGGGUGGUGAGCCGGGCGGGGGCCCGCGGGAUAAAGGCUAGGUAGAUUUCGGAUGAGCGGGGAGCCGCCCCCACUCUGCUGGUUUACACGUGAGAUUCUUUGCCCUCAGUGACCGGCGUGAUGGGUGGUGGAGGGGGUAGGAGGAAGGUCCCCAACGGCUCGAGUCAAGACGGGCCCCAGGAGACGCAGCUGCCAACCAAGAGGGCCCGGCUGCCGGCCUCAGCCGUGUUCCUGCCCCGCAACUCUCCUUCCCGGGCCGGAGCGUCUGCUGCCGAGGCCCUGGCCGCCCUGAGCGCCCGGCUCCCCACAUCCCCCUUCCAUCUUGAGCCGGGCUGUAGGAAACACACUAAGAGCGGGAUGCCGUGGGACCACUGAGAUGGCACGGAGUAGCGGGGUGGGGGGCUAGUCGUGCUGCUCUCCAACGUCGUCUCCGGAGAGGGGUUCCCCACUCCGGCUGCAGAGCCGGGGGGUCCCCCCUCAAGCCAGAGGGCCGGAAGCUUCCCCGUCGGCUGCCCCGGAGCAAGCCCCCGCCCCCCGCAGCCCGGAGGUUCGGACCCUCACCUGGCUGGUAGCACGGGCGGCACACCAAGCAGCGAGAUCCAAGUUUUAUCACGGGAAGCCGGGCCCACUCUGACGGGUGGGAGUUUACAGAGACCUUCCCGGGCCCCGGGCCGCAACGGUCCACCUCGCCCCCGCCGUCCGCGGACUCUUAUUAAAUGACUUGUAGUAAA